UUUUUUCUUCAGCGCAGAGUCCGUGAAUUAAGUGAAAAUGGAUGACUUGGUUCAGACAGGCGUCGCGACGCCAGGCGUCGCUUAUAUCGUCCUGUAGUUGGUUCGUUCAGAUGUUAAAAAGUGACCCGUGUGUAAGACCGUGGUCCGCGAGGGUAAAGACAGCAGUGAGGGUGGCACGUAAUAAUAAAAAUACAUAUAAUAACAGCAAUAAAAAUAAUUAAAUAAAUCAAAAUUACCGCGUUAAAUUUAUAAUUUAAAAAUCUAAAUAAGUUAAGUUUAAAUAAACCUCCCAAGUACAAGAUGUAAAAAUGUAAAAUGUUAAAAAAUGUAAUUUUUACGUUUAUUUGUUAAUUUUACUAAGUUAUAAAAUCAAUUGAUAUUUUCCAUCGCCAUUCAAACAUAAAUAAAUUCAAGAGAAAAUAAUAAAAACGUUGAGCUUACGAUUAUUAUUAAAGCUACGUUGUGUUAACCGGUGGGUGUUUUGUAUUUUUUUAUCAUACGUGGAUUAUUUUUUAGUGGUCAUUUUUAUAAGUGAUGAGGGUGAAUUUAACACGAUGAUAGAUAAAAAAACCCCGCCCCUCAAUAAUCAGUCCACGUGUAACAUUCUAUUGACGAUACUUGUAUUAUAAUUCUCUCUCAUCUCAUUCGCGGCUGGAAGAUGAAGGAAAACUAACAACAAUAAUAAUAAUAAAGAAAAACACAACAACAUAAAAAAGUAUUACGACAGAAGAGAAAAGACAAGUCAUACAUUUGUACAUACAUUUAUAAUAAUAAUAAUAUACAUAAAAAGAUAGAGCAAGUGUAUGUGUAUAUAUCACCCUCUCGUAUUCUAGUCGUAUUGUAGUACGUGGGACACGCGACCCUCGUCGAGUCAAGACGACACAAGAAUAAUCAGCGCGUGUAUGUGUGAGUGGUGGAUGCAACACUCAACUAGGACACAAGUGUAAAUAUGACGCGUGGAUUCUAUUAUCAGUUUACCUGAUACUUGAGGAUCCUUGUUCAUCCUCACGUUCGGAACCAGAGAAUGUGCCCUGGAAAGAAGCUAGUGGUGAAAAUCUCGCCGUAGCAUGCCAAGGAGCGGUCAGAGGAACGUGACUGUGAUCCCGCGUCGGUCGCAACAGCAGUCAGUCAAGCCGAGUUGUGUUGAUACGUUGAACAAAAAACGUGGGAGAAGGAAAAGACGUUUUUACGACGACGACGAUACGAAUAAAGAACGUAACAACGACCGUAGUGACGGUUGGCGGACGGUGGCGGUGGCGGCGGUCGUUGGUGAUCUUGACACGAGCAACCGAUGAGCACAGGCGAUGGCGUCGCAUCCUCGGGUCCCGGCGUUGACAGCGGGGCCCGUGCCACCUCGCUCGGCUACCCGACGACACAACCGAGUGGUACGCCGAGUGUCACCGCGGCACAAGACACAAUGGGCUCGGCAAAGGCGGUAGCACCAGCUGGAGGUACCCCUGCAGGAGCUGGGGGACCUGGUGGUGCCUCCACGACUCCAGCUCCACCUAAAAGACCUCCCCGACGAGGUGGAAAACCGCCACCAGAUCGACCUGUACGAGCGCUGCUGUGUUUGUCUCUAAAAAACCCUGUCCGGAAGUUGUGUAUCACAAUCAUCGAAUGGAAACCUUUUGAAUGGCUUAUCCUGUUGACAAUUUUUGCCAAUUGCGUGGCAUUGGCUGUUUACACGCCUUAUCCAUGCGGUGAUUCAAACAUAACGAAUAUAUAUUUAGAAAAAAUAGAAUAUGUAUUUCUUGUUAUUUUCACCGCUGAAUGCAUUAUGAAAAUAAUCGCUUACGGUUUCGUCGCACAUCAGGGCGCUUACCUCCGUAAUGGAUGGAACAUGUUAGAUUUUACAAUUGUUGUAAUUGGAAUGAUCAGCACGGUGUUGCAAUCCCUCAUGAAAGAGGGUUUUGACGUAAAGGCCUUGAGGGCUUUUAGAGUCUUGCGACCGCUUCGGCUGGUUUCCGGAGUCCCAAGUCUUCAAGUAGUUCUCAAUUCUAUUCUGAGGGCUAUGGUGCCGUUGCUACACAUCGCACUGCUGGUACUUUUUGUUAUCAUCAUCUACGCUAUUAUCGGACUCGAGCUUUUCUCGGGGAAAAUGCACAAAACAUGUAGAAGUAAUAUAACAGAUGAAAUGAUGGAAGAUCCGCAUCCGUGUGGAGAAAAUGGCUUUCAAUGUAGUUCUAUAGGCGAAGAAUAUUUCUGUAGUCGUCAAUAUUGGGAAGGCCCGAACCAUGGCAUCACAAACUUUGACAAUUUUGGUCUGGCAAUGUUGACUGUCUUCCAGUGUAUCACUCUUGAAGGAUGGACCGAUGUUUUAUACGAUAUAGAAGAUGCUAUGGGGAGCACGUGGCAAUGGUUGUAUUUUGUUUCCAUGGUUAUUCUUGGAGCUUUUUUUGUAAUGAACCUAAUUCUCGGAGUGUUAUCUGGAGAGUUUUCUAAAGAAAGAGAGAAAGCUAAAUCACGUGGAGAUUUUCAAAAGCUACGAGAGAAACAGCAAAUUGAGGAUGACCUUCGGGGAUAUUUGGAUUGGAUAACUCAAGCAGAAGAUAUUGAACCAGAAGCUGAUGAAAUGCCACCAUCGCAGGAUGGCAAACAAAAACAGCAAAACGAAAUGGAGAGUACCGACAGACUCGAGGGUGACGAGGAAGGAGCCGUUCAGCAGGAAUCAGUAUGGAAACGAAAACGACGAGACUUUGAUAGAGUGAACAGGCGCAUGAGAAGAGCCUGCCGCAAAGCCGUUAAAUCUCAAGUCUUUUACUGGUUAAUCAUCGUAUUGGUAUUUUUAAACACCGGUGUAUUGGCUACCGAGCAUUACAAUCAACCAGACUGGCUUGAUCAAUUUCAAGAGUACACAAAUAUGUUUUUUAUUGGGCUCUUCAGCAUGGAAAUGAUGCUGAAAAUGUACAGCUUGGGAUUUCAAGGUUACUUUGUCUCGCUUUUCAAUCGUUUUGAUUGCUUUGUCGUUGUGGGUUCCAUAAGUGAAAUGGUUCUUACACGCACGGAAGUUAUGCCACCCUUGGGAGUUUCGGUGCUUCGUUGUGUGCGGCUUCUAAGAGUAUUCAAAGUAACCAAGUACUGGAGAUCUUUAUCAAAUCUCGUGGCUUCCUUGUUAAAUUCAAUCCAGUCAAUUGCUUCCCUGUUGCUUCUGCUCUUCCUUUUCAUCGUUAUAUUUGCUCUUCUAGGCAUGCAGGUUUUUGGAGGAAAAUUUAACUAUGAUGAUCUACAGGAUAAACCUCGUAGUAAUUUUGAUACCUUUUGGCAAAGUUUACUCACAGUUUUUCAAAUAUUAACGGGUGAAGAUUGGAAUGCCGUUAUGUACGUGGGUAUACGUGCAUAUGGCGGGGUCGCAAGCCAUGGAAUUCUUGCCUGUGUUUAUUUUAUUAUUCUAUUUAUUUGCGGAAAUUACAUUCUACUGAACGUCUUCUUGGCCAUUGCCGUGGAUAAUCUUGCGGACGCAGAGUCACUCACUGCAAUUGAAAAAGAAGCUGAACAAGAAGCGGAAAAAAAUAAAUCACGAAGUGGUUCUUUGGCACACGAUGAAUUAAUUUGUGAAGACGACGGCGGUGACUUAACUGGCGGAGAAGAGGAAGAAGGUGCGGGAACUGAUUUAGAACAAGAUCCCAAUGAAACGAUGGAUGAUUAUGAAGCUGCAUUAGAUACUGAAGGAUCUAAAGACGGCGACGACAGUGACCGUCGUGGAAAAGUCCGGAUAAAUAUUGAGUCGGAUGAUGAGAAUUUCGAACAUGGUGAAGAGGAAGAAGAGGACGAUCAUACUGAAAUGGAUGAUGGAGGAAUGGGAGGAGACGAGGUAUCAGCUAGACCACGCAGAAUGUCAGAAUACAAAACGAAUACUGAGAAGCCACCGAUACCCGAAGGUUCAUCAUUUUUUUUGUUUUCACAAAAGAGUAGAUUCCGAAUAUUUUGCCACUGGGUUUGCAAUCACAGUUGGUUCGGCAACCUCAUACUUAUGUGCAUUUUGAUAUCGUCUGGAAUGCUUGCGGCUGAAGAUCCUCUUAACGCAACUUCAGAUCUCAAUACGAUUUUAAAUUACUUUGACUACUUCUUCACAUCAGUAUUCACCAUCGAAAUAUGUCUGAAGAUGAUAACCUACGGAUUUGUAUUGCACGAUGGGGCAUUCUGUCGCUCAGCUUUUAAUCUUCUGGACCUUCUGGUAGUCUGCGUGUCUCUUAUCUCAAUGGUCUGGAGAAACGGUGCAAUAUCAUUUAUUAAAAUUCUACGAGUGCUUCGUGUCCUGAGGCCGCUGCGUGCGAUAAAUCGAGCCAAAGGCCUUAAGUACGUUGUAAAAUGUGUGAUUGUUGCCAUUAAAACAAUUGGUAACAUCAUGUUGGUCACCUAUCUCCUACAAUUCAUGUUCGCUGUUAUUGGAGUACAGCUAUUUAAGGGUAAAUUUUUUAUGUGCAAUGACGAAUCAAAAAUAACUGAAGCCGAGUGUCAAGGAACUUAUUUAGUCUUUGAUGAUGGUAAUAUUAAUCAACCGGUUAUGAAAGAGAGAACAUGGAAGAGGAAUCGAUUUCACUUUGAUGAUGUUGCCAAAGCAAUGCUGACACUAUUUACAGUUUCGACAUUCGAGGGUUGGCCAAGCCUUUUAUACGUAUCUAUUGACUCAAAUCGUGAAAACUACGGACCAAUUCAUAAUUACCGACCGAUUGUAGCAGCUUAUUACAUUAUUUAUAUUAUCAUAAUUGCAUUCUUCAUGGUAAACAUAUUCGUCGGUUUCGUUAUUGUUACAUUUCAAAAUGAAGGUGAACAAGAGUACAAAAAUUGCGAGCUUGAUAAAAAUCAACGUAAUUGCAUCGAAUUUGCUCUCAAAGCAAAACCCGUACGACGUUACAUACCGAAACACCGGAUACAAUACAAAGUCUGGUGGUUUGUUACGUCACAACCUUUUGAAUAUACUAUUUUUACUUUAAUUAUUAUAAAUACAAUAACGUUAGCGAUGAAAUUUUAUAAUCAACCGGAUCCUUAUACUCAUGCCCUUGACGUUUUGAAUAUGAUAUUUACUGCCGUUUUCGCACUUGAAUUUGUUUUCAAGCUUGCAGCAUUUCGUUUUAAGAAUUAUUUUGGUGAUGCGUGGAAUGUUUUUGACUUCAUUAUUGUACUGGGAAGUUUUAUUGAUAUAGUUUACUCCGAAGUCAAUGCACGACUGCAUGUCAAGGCGGGAGGUUCUCUCCCCAACGUUAAAACUCCUGGUUCAAAUAUCAUAUCGAUAAACUUCUUCCGGCUCUUCCGUGUGAUGCGACUUGUAAAACUUCUGAGUCGUGGCGAAGGUAUCCGUACACUCUUGUGGACAUUCAUUAAAUCCUUCCAAGCGUUGCCUUACGUCGCACUUCUCAUAGUUAUGUUAUUCUUCAUCUAUGCUGUGAUAGGAAUGCAAGUCUUUGGAAAAAUCGCCCUUGACAACGACACAACUAUUUACCGGAACAAUAAUUUCCAAACGUUUCCUCAGGCUGUGUUGAUUUUAUUUCGAUCAGCAACUGGUGAAUCAUGGCAAAAUAUAAUGCUCGAUUGUUCAAAUCGUCCUGGAGAAGUUAAAUGUGACCCGAAAAGUGACGAACGAAAUUCAAACGGAUGCGGAAAUGACAUAGCGUUCCCGUAUUUUAUAUCUUUUUAUGUACUCUGUUCAUUUUUAAUUAUCAAUUUAUUCGUCGCUGUUAUCAUGGAUAACUUCGAUUAUUUAACCCGAGAUUGGUCUAUUUUGGGUCCCCAUCAUUUGGACGAAUUUAUUCGCCUUUGGUCUGAAUAUGACCCAGAUGCAAAAGGCCGCAUUAAACAUCUUGAUGUAGUAACAUUGUUGAGGAAAAUAUCACCCCCACUGGGUUUCGGAAAGUUAUGUCCUCAUCGUGUUGCUUGCAAGAGGCUGGUGUCGAUGAAUAUGCCGUUAAAUAGCGACGGGACGGUUCUAUUUAAUGCGACACUAUUUGCUGUGGUGAGAACGUCAUUGAGAAUUAAAACAGAAGGUAAUAUUGAUGAAGCAAAUGCGUCGCUUCGAGCGGUUAUUAAAAAAAUAUGGAAGCGAACGAAUCCCAAGCUGCUGGAUCAAGUCGUGCCACCGCCGGGGGUUGACGAUGAAGUGACGGUGGGUAAAUUCUACGCGACCUUUCUUAUACAAGACUAUUUCCGUCGGUUUAAAAAACGUAAAGAACAAGAAAUGAAAGAGGGUGACAAGGAUUGUCAUAAUACGGCGACACUUCAAGCGGGUUUAAGAACUUUACAUGAAGCUGGCCCGGAAUUGAAACGUGCAAUCUCGGGUAAUCUUGAAGAAUUACUUGACGAUAAUCCAGAACCAACACACAGAAGAAAUCACUCAUUAUUUGGCAGCGUUUGGUCGAGUAUGCGAAGGGGUCAUCACAGUUUCCGCGCGAAAUCAUUAAAAACAAAUUCAAAUAACGCUCCAAAAAUUUCCCCAUCAAACUCAAUCGAUUUUUUGCCGUACGCUUCACUUCAGCGAGCCGGUGGAGCGGAUGGCAAUCAAAUCACGGCAAGGUCGCACCAGGUUGUGCCAAACGUCGCUGGAGUAAUCGGUGAUUCUGCCAACACUCAAACAGCCCCAGAGCCAAGAAUAGUUGGAUUCGAAGAGAACAUACCAAUGAGGCCUCUCGCGAUGUUUUCAAACACCGGAAUGCAGCCGGCUAACUUUCAAAAUCCCUACAAAGUCUUGGAUCUCGAGGACGGAAUCGAGCAACAGCUGACACCACCGACACCGCCUCCACGAAGGAAUCUUCCUAGCAGUGGAGCAGCCAUCACCUUUGCAGCAUCUACUGAAACCAAGGGUGAUUCUAGCGCCAGUACCACCAGCCAAACAAUCUCACCAAGUCCAAGUCCCAGUCCGAGUUUCGGCUCCUCUUCAAACGACGGUGCUCGUUAUUACGCCUACGCGUCUCGAGGAUGCUGCGUAGACAUUAUCGGCUGGAGUCAUCAGCACGUGUUGGACGACACGUCGCUCGAGGAGGACUCUGCCGGUGGCUCCAGAAGAUCCAUGAGAAAAAAGUCAAUGAAGAGGUCCAAGUGUGUGGACGUACCAGAGGAAGGGGAUCCAGGUCUCACGAGGACCUCGUCGUCUACGAAACGGAAAGACACUCCAGGAAACAAUGACAUUGCAGAGAGCAAUGAGAACAAUCAGCUAUCAGUUGACCGGAAGAAGAGUAUUGCCAAUGGGUUGAAACUUGCGACCCAGGCGAUGGCUCUGACAGGACCCUGGCGUGUUUGCGAGUCCUGUUUAACUCAUCGGGCUUCAUUCCACGGCAGAGUUACAUGGAAUAAUGAAAGCAACGGUGGCGUUGGAUCUGAACGUCUGUCGCACAGUUUACCUGGCAGUCCCGCUGAUCGUAAGCCCAAUUUCGAAGUGAUCGGUAGCGCUGAAAGUCUCGUUGGUCGAGUACUUGCCGAACAAGGUCUAGGUAAAUAUUGCGAUCCGGAUUUCGUGAGGUACACGUCACGAGAAAUGCAAGAGGCGCUUGACAUGACAAGUGAAGAAAUGGAUCGCGCUGCUCACCAGCUUCUGUUACAAGAACGUCGCGGUCAGCCUUUGACUUUCCAGCUUCAGCAGAGUAUGGAUCAACACUGGAACCCACGGUCACCGGGACCACGGGAAAUAGUGUACGAACAAUUACGGGAACAAAUGCCGUCUUUAGAAGGGCCACAGCCACAACCACAAAUCCAAACUUUACAAUUACAACAGCAGCAACAGCAGCAGCAGCAGCAACAGCAAUACAAUCGCGGACAACCACCGUCUUAGCGAAAGUGGUACAGCCAUAAGACUGCUGCAGCUCGAAAUAUCGGCAACGAAAAAUUUACUCUCAAAUUAUUAAUAUUAUAGUUAUGAUAAUAAUUAUUAUUAUUAUUGUUAACUUAUUGUAUAAAGACUAUAUAUUACGGACGAAAAAAUUAAACAAGAUAAGACAAGGAUUUAAUCCAAUAUAUUCGCGAAUGUUACACGUCAUUUAAUAAUAAGUAAUCAAUUUUAAAUUUUAAUUAAUAAACAAUACCACGUAAAAGAUAACAACCAUCGCGGCUAUUUAUAUCCAUUUGAUAAAAAUUAAUCUCUCUCAUUGUUAAUAAUUACGACUUUAACUCUUAACUUUUAAACCGUCUUCAAAAAAAAACUACAAAUGAUAAUUAAAUGUCAACAUUCAUUACAAGUAUACUUAUAUACAGUAUAAAUAUUUAUAAGAAUUGUUUACACUAGUCUUUUCACUACUGUAAUAAUCCGUCAUCAUUAACUUCUACAACUGUCCAUUACUAUUACAUAAAAAAAAAAAAAAAAAGUUAAAAAAAAACUUACAAUGAGGAAUGCAAUUUGAAAGAAUGUUUAAAAAAAAUAAUAGCGAAUGAAAGUAAGUAAGAAAGGUAGAAAGAGA